GUAUUCUGACGGGCUUCUUUCCAAAUUCACAUACCUACAGCCCAACUGCAUGUUGUAAUGUGAAAAAAUUAAUGUAGGAACAACUUCACUGGUAACUGCACUGAUAACCAGGCCAACACUACAUUGCCGACAUAGCAAGUUACAGAGACCAAAUUGCAGAAAGCGAAUUACGGAGAGUAAAUUACAGAGAGCGAGUUACGGAGAGCAAGUUACAGAGAGAGUUACGGAGAAUAAAUUACAGAGAACAUGGACAACGCCGAGGGAACAACUGAAAACUUCCACUUGAAAUUUAAAAGUUACGUGCACACCAGAAAAGGAACUAUUUACGCUGGAGAAGUGGUAAUGAGCCUCAUCGUUAUGAGCUGUCACAUUAUUUCUCGGGACUAUGGAUGGAUAUCUGUGCCUGUAUUUGAGAUGGUUAGCGCUUCUGCCUUCUUCAUCGUCUUCAUGCUGGAACUGGAUAAGCAGAUACUCAUAAUCCACUGGCAGUUCACUGACUUUGUGCGUGCUCUGACGGGCUGUAUGUUCUACAUGGUCAGUUCCCUGGUCUGGCUGACAAACCCAAGUGGGGCGGUCAGUGUUAUAGGAGGGGUCCUUGGGUUAGUGGCUGCAGUGCUGUUUGGCUAUGACGCCUACUUCACCUUAAAACACAUCAAGACUGGCAGACAGCAGUCCUUGGGUCAACCACUGGCUCAAACCAGUACAAGUGGGAUUUAAAUGCGGUUGUGGUUCAAGUGGGUGGUUUGCUAGUGGGUUACCAAAUUGAUCAGCCAUGGGUGAACUAGUGAAUCAACCAAGGGUUAACUUUUGGAAUAACUACUGGAUCAACAAUGGGUUAUCUAGAAGAUCAACCAUGGGUGAUGUAGUGGGUCUAUUGGAUCUAGUGGGGUUAUAUAAUGGCAUAAAGGGAUACUUUUGGCAACAAUGCCCUUUAUCUACUGAGUCAGAUUAAUUUGUUUGGAUCUGUGUCUACAAUCAAUACAUUAUUAAGUAGUUUUACUGUAUAUUAAUCUAAUCCCAACAAUCUGCUAACAUGUUGUCAAACACCAUAUAUUUCCAGGCACUGUGCUACAGCUGCUUAGACAGUUCGACAACAGAAGAAAGGAACAUUGUGGAGACAUCAAAUGUUGCUCUAAUAUCUUUGUUCAACUAUUUUAUAUGUGUUUUAGUGUCAUUUGUUUAGUUAAUGUGCAUUACAAUAUGUGGUUAAAUGCUUGCAAUGGUAGAAUUUAGUAAAUAAACUCAUUUGAUUUGC